UGAUCCAGAGCUGUCCCAUGAAUGAGUGCCUUUUAUGUGCAGUGAGCAGACUGCAUCUGAGCUGGUAGACCUGCCUGAACCACCUCACUACACAUAUUGGGUGGAUUUGAGGGAUUACGGCGUCAUGUAUCUGAAUACCCUGGUAAUCUGGCUAGUUGGCACCGAGGAGUGAGGUGUUCGGAGGCUGUAGCUCGGCUUCUUAGCCAUGGAGACAGAGGGGCUGCCUGCUGCACCAGGCCAGUAUAGCCAGCCCGGUCAGCCAGGCCCAGUGCUGGGGCUUCGGAGUCUCUCCUUUGCCUACCAGGGCUUGCUAGAGAUCCCCUACGAAGUCAUACUAGCCCAGAAACACACCCUGGAAGUGUUGGACCUCAGCUACAACCUGCUGGAGGACCCAGCUCUCCUGGGUGAACUGGAGCAGCUCAGCACUCUGAUCCUGGACUGCAACAUCUAUUCGUCCCACGUCAAGUUCCCCUACAUGCCAAGCGUCACCACCGUGUGGAUCAACAAGAACAAGAUCAGCAAUCUGCCCAUCUUCGUGGAGGAGAUCCGCCGCAAGUUUCCCAACAUCAAGAUCCUCAGCAUGAUGAACAACGAGGCAGCACCCAGCUACUUCAAUGGAGGGAGUCUGCCCCAGUACAUAGACUACAGGCAGUAUGUGAUCAGUCAGAUCCCAAGCCUGACAAUCCUGGAUGACACUGAGGUUCUGGGGAAAGAGAGAGCGCAGGCUAAGAAGACCUAUAGGAUGCAGAGGACCAGGGAAGGCAGCAAAAGGAGGAAGGAGCUCCAUCGUUGAACCCUCCUUAAUACUGCUACCUAUAUAACUGAUCUGAAGACGUAUCAAGAUGAGCAAAUCAUUCAUUCUCGCGCUAGAUGAUUAGUUCAAGCAAGCUAGCACCAGUUGUAAAUAUAUUGUCAGCAUGUUAUUUGUUCAAAUGAAAAUGGGAUACUUUUUGUUAUGAUUUUCUAUGGACAUGGGGAAUUUCCAUUAUCAUGAAAGAAAUGAAGGGAAGAUAUUCCAUUUAAAUGGUGAAUGAAGAUGUUUUGCAAAAGUAAAUCAUUCCAUGUCACACUCAAA